AUGGCUCGUCCUGUGAAGACGACAAGCUUUGAACAUACAAAGAAAGUCCUUGAAGAAAUUUUCGAACGAGAAGGAUUCCCCAAAUGUAUACGAUCCGACAAUGGACCUCCUUUUAACGGGGAGGAAUACGUAGCCUACUGUACUCAAAGGAGCAUCCAGACAAUCUUCUCAACACCUUUGUUUCCCCAGCAAAACGGCCUGGUGGAAAAUUCCAUGAAGCUGAUCAAUCGAGCGAUGUCGGCUGCAAUCAGUGGUAAUACGAGCUUCAAGGAUGAACUACGCGCAACCGUAGAUGCACAUAAUGCAGCCGCCCACGCUGUAACAGGUGUUCCACCUGAAGAAGUUUUCUUGGGAAGGAAAAUUAAACGUCGAUUGCCACUACUAAUCCACAAGAAGGCUGAUUUCGAUGAUGAUGCCCUCAAUAUGAGGGAUAAGGAGGCGAAGGAACGCGGGAAACAACGAGAGGAUACUCGAAGAGGUGCCCGGAUGUGUUGCAUCAAGCCAGGUGACACUGUUAUAGUUGAGCGCUCGAACCGCGGCAAGGGAGACACCAGAUUCACGCCGCAGCGAUACACAGUCAUGGAGGAAGAUAAUGGGAACCUCGUUCUAAUUAACAGCGACGGCCAGAUUUUGAAGCGUCAUGUCACUCAGACCAAGAAGGUGUAUGAAUGGAGACAGGAAAGCCCUCAGCGCGAGCCACCGACAGAGUCGAUCCCAAAACGUUCAUCGCGGGAGAAGAAAGCCCCAGCAUAUUUGAACAACUAUGUGCAGUCAGUAGAAGAGCAGUGCUGA